AUGUCCGCACCGCUGGCUGCCGGCCGCCAUGAUGUCGGCCCUCGGCCCGCCAACGCCCGCUGCGCCUCGGCCCCCGCGCCGGGCCUCAGCACGCCGCUGCUCCCGCUGCGGCGCGCGCGCUCGGCGGUGCUGACGCAGGAGCUGGUCGCGGGCGGCACGAGCCCCGCGGACGCGGCCGCCCAGGAGGCGGAGUUCGUGGCGCAGGGGCGUGGGUGCACGGUCGUCGCCGCGGGCGCGGCGAUGGCCAGCCCUCUGCUGCGGGAUUUCGCCGCAGCGAUCUUCGCCGUCGGCCUCGGCGCGACGGACGGCCUGUCUCUCGGGUCCAUCGCGUUCCCUCAUUCGGCGGAGCACCCGAACACGGAGUACCGCUCUCUCGGCAUGAGCAUGGGCUUGCUCUCGAUGGUCGUUUCGAACGUGGCAGGUUGCUUCACGUCCCAGUUUCCGCACGCCGUUGGGGGCGCCGUGCUGCCAGUGGUUCCGAUUAUGGCUUCGUAUUUUAACAGGCUUGGCCCUGAACAGUGUGCGACUGUGAUGUUCGCGAUGCCGCUUAUGACGACCAUCUGUGGCUUGCUGACUAUCGCCAUCGGGCAUAUCGGCGUCUUAGACAUAGUGAAGUCUUGCCCCUUCGUUGUAUUCGGUGGCUUCAUCGCUGGUACCGGUGCACAACUUCUGGAGUACGCACUGAAUUUGCUUUGUUCCGAUUUCGUACGUUUCACAGACGCUGCGAGCUGGAGAGCGAUGCUCACCUGGCGGUUCUGGCGCCUCGUUGGACCCAGCGCCGUGUUGGCAUCCGUGGUGUUCCUCCUGCCGCGGCACGUGACGGCGCGGGACACUAGUUUUUUACUUCCGCAAGCCCUCAUCACGAUGGCUGCAGUCUUCUACCUUGUUCUCUUCGUUAGCCACACGACAAUUGAAAGCGCGCGCUCGCAGGAAUACCUCUUUGACCAUGAGGUCCCGACGAGCUUGAAUUUUUACCGUAUCUGGACGAUGCAGGAUUUUGCGUCAGUGCGCUACGACCAGCUCUGCAGCCAGGAGUUUUGUAUUACGACGCUGCAGGUCUUUCUCAUGAGUCUGCUCACAACGACGCAGAACAUUUGCGGCACCGCAGAGGCUACAAGUUUCCACGUUGACAUAAACACCGAGAUUCGAUCCGCUGGAGUGCAGAGUGUGUGUUGCGGCAUGCUCGGCAGCAUGCCAGGUAACAUCGUGAUGUCGUUUUCUGUCACCGCCCACAAGAUGGGCGCGCGCUCGAAGCGCUUCUCCGCGAUGCUCGCUUCGAGCUCCAUCGCUUUCUUUGUAUUCGGAGAUUUCGUGAUCGCUUUCCUCCCGAGGAUGGUGCCAGGCUGUAUGCUGUUUUGGCUUGGCCUCGUCCUCGUUGUGUAUUGGCUCUGGGACGGUGUCGGACACGUCUCGGCGGCAGAGCACGCAGUCGUCUUCGUGAUGAUUGCUACCGAUCUUAUCAUGGGCCCAGGUGUGAUGAUGUUGCUUGGCCUCGCUCUGACCCUGGUGAUCACCCUGAAGCGCCUGAUGGCAAUACGCCCCAUCACGAGCGAGUACACCGUGCGAGACGUGCGCUCCGACGUGCUGCGCACCGGGGUCAGCUCGGACAUCCUCAAGACCUGCGGGGACCAGGCCGUCGUCCUGCACUUCGCCCGCGGGUACUUCUCCUUCAUCAACGCGGCCCACAUGAUCCACCGCGUCCAGGAGCUGGCCGCGGAGAGAGGCAUGGCGAUGCUCGUGCUGAACUUCCAGGGUGUCCUUGGCGUCGACUCGACGGCCCUCAAGGCGCUGCAGGAGCUGCUCGCCAUCGCCGCACACUGGAAGUUCCACGUCUGCCUCUGCAGCGCCGAGCCAGCGGUGACGCAGGCCGUGGUGCGCUUCGGGCUGCCGUGCGCCAGCCGCACCCCGGGCCUCGCGGGGGAGCUCGCGGAGGCGCCAGCAAGUGGCGGGACCCUGAUCCUGGUCGACGCGUGCGACGAGGACGGGCGUCACGUCCCUGCGCUCACACUCGCACUGGAGCUGGCAGAGGAGUUCGUCAUCGCGAGGAACCCCCUCGUCCACCGCUCGAGCGACCGCGCGUGCUGCACGUGCGUCAGGAACAUCAGCUUCCGCGACGCGUGGACGUACGUCACAGGGAGCGGCGUGAGGGCGGACCUCCCGGCGUUGCCGCUGCUAGUGGACAUCCACUGCUGGCUGCACGGUUACUACAGCGAGUACGGCGGGAAGGCUGCUUCCAUCUUGCCGUCGCUCGCGGAGCUGUUCGUGGUCGAAGAGUAUGGCCGCGGCGAUGCCAUCUACGCAUUCGACCCGGCGGUGUGGCCGAGGUGGCGCGUCGGAGACGCCGGGAGCGCAGCGGAGUCGCCCGCGCCGCCCCUCGUCUGGCUGCUCGGCGGCGAGGUGGAGCAUGUCUGGUACGGGCCAGAGCACGAGGAAGCGGAGCAUUCCGAAGAAGACAGAAAGGCAUAA